AUGUCUUCUAUAUCAUGCUUUUCAAUACUUCUGUGCAGGAGAAAGAAAAGUAAAGAUGAAAGCCGCAAAAAGCAAAUCAGAGAGGCCAAAAGCAUUGAUACUAAUUCUCCGAGGCUCAGCUAUCAUUCAAAAUUGAAUACUUUUGCGGACCAGGCGCCCAAAUUAAGGCUUUCUUUUCCUCGUAAAGAUUCAUUUCAUAGCGUCUCUUUAGCUCCUCAUAGAUCAUCGAUAGUUGUAAAAAGUUCAGAGAAAUUCCUUCCAUUAAUUCAAAGUCAGGAAAGAAGCGAAACCACCAACGCCGAAUUUACAAAUCACACAGAUCAUCAUAGGCUAUCUACUACUGAGUUACCCAUAGAUGCCUUAUCGUACAGUCAGAGGCCAAAGAACCCGCUCCUCUCCAAACUGAAUUCAGUUACUUGGUCUAAAAGGUACAGUAAAGAAAAUCCUUUGGGGAAUUUUAAUACACCAUUCACGUCAAACUCCGUAACACAUAGACCAAAAAUUGUUCCAAUCACACCUGAAAAUAUCUUAACUCGCACUGUGAGAGAAUAAAACAUUAGAAAAAUCUUUUUAUUGGGUAAAAAACUCACCCACUGUAAACGCACAAAAAUUUUUAAGAGAAAUUUUGAUAUAUAAGUGAUAAUAUAAUUAUAUGAAAUCUCUAGCUAAUUCUGUUUAGUUUUGAACAAAUUGCAUUUUACAACAUAAAUUUUGCAAAUUAAAUUAAUCUUUUACAUCUCUAUUUUUGUGAAUUGGAAUUUUUUCAAAUUUUGAAAAAAAAAUUAACCCCCUCCAUAAGCGAGCAAAACGUUUUUGCUCGCUCACGAGGGGAGGGAGUAAGAAGAAAAAUUUUUCCAAAAAUUGUAAAUGAGUCGUUCAGGAAAAAUACUCAUCCAGAUAACGAAAAUUCUGACAAAAAAUUCAAUUUUGAUACAAAUAUUGAUGAAUUUGACGGAGAAAGUUCAAACAGUCUGGUUAAUUUAUAA